AAAAGCUCCUCACCAACAUCAAGGAACCUUCCCUGAGGGGAUUUAAAAUGGAGGUGUGGUAGUGGUGGCGGCGGCGGCCAUGUUGUGACGUCACGGGUGAGCAUUGUGGGUAGCAUCCUUCUGCAGGUGAGCCGCGACAUGACGAAGGGUACAUCAUCCUUUGGAAAGCGGCACAACAAGACCCACACUUUGUGCCGUCGUUGUGGCCGAUCAUCGUACCACAUCCAAAAGAAAAGAUGUGCCCAGUGUGGAUACCCAAGGAAGAAGAUGAGACGCUAUAAUUGGUCUGUCAAGGCUAUUCGCAGGAAGACCACUGGAACUGGGCGUAUGCGUCACCUUAAAGUUGUGCAUAGAAGAUUCAGGAAUGGUUUCCGUGAAGGCACCAAGGCACGGCCCAAGAAAGCUGCUGCUCAUUAGUAAUUGUAAAUUGUAAUAAAGAAAAAAAAUUAA